UGAAAAUGAGUGGUACCGCUGCUGUCCUCUGUCUCUAUCUUGUUUAUGGAUUAAUGCAACAGAUGGAAGCCUCUAUCCUGAGCUGCAUUCCCAGAAAAACAGUAACAUACCAAAAUGGAAAUAUAAAAACUUUUAUGAAACCAGGAUUAUCCAAUUUUUCCACACUCUUGGUGAGUGAAGAAACUGAUACCUUAUUUGUCGGAGCCAGAGAUGCUGUAUUUGCACUUGACUUGAAUGACAUCUCAAGAGAAAUAGCCAGUGAGUACUGGUUCGCAACAAGGGAUAGACAAUUGGAAUGCGUUCGCAGAGGAAAGGACAAAGUAGAUUGCCGAAACUACAUCCUCCUCCUUCAUAAGAUAAAUGACACCAACUUAUAUGUUUGUGGAACCAAUGCAUUUUACCCAGCUUGUGAUUACAUGGUCAUCAACAGCACAGAUAUUCAUCUGCAAGGGAAAGCCGAAGAAAGCAGAGGAAGAUGUCCUUUUGAACCUACUCUGAAGUAUGCUUCUCUGUUAGUUGAUAGUGCAUUUUAUUCAGCCACUUCAAACAACUUCUUGGGCACUGAACCUAUUAUACUUCGCAGUUUGAGAAACCAUCUAAGGACAGAGUUUAAAGCAUCUUGGCUAAAUGAGCCCAGCUUUGUCUAUAUGGAUAUAGUGCAGGAAAGUGAAUCUAAUCCAGAUGGAGAUGAUGAUAAAAUUUAUGUGUUCUUCACUGAAACAGCUGUUGAAUUUGAAUUCUAUGACAAACUCCUGGUGUCAAGAAUUGCUCGUGUCUGCAAAGGUGAUCUUGGUGGAAAACGCAUAUUGCAGAAAAGAUGGACAUCAUUUUUAAAAUCCAGACUUACCUGUUCCGUUCCAGAAUCAAAUUUCCAGUUUAAUAUUGUUCAGGAUGUCUUUUUACUUAAGAGAGCAGACUGGCGGGAAAGCAUGUUUUAUGGGAUUUUUACUCAACAAUGGGGAAGGCUGGAUAUUUCUGCAGUUUGUGCAUUCAGUAUGAAAACUGUUCAAGAAGUCUUCGCCAAAGGAAACUAUAAAGGGCCAGUGACUGUGGAACAUUCCCAUGUUAAAUGGAUGGUGUUCAGGGGAGAAGUGCCACUCCCACGUCCCGGUGCUUGCAUUGAUAAUUUUGCCCGGAGUAUUGGAUACAACACUUCUCUUGAUUUGCCUGAUAAAAUUCUGCAGUUUGCUAGAGACCACCCUUUAAUGGAUAAUGCUGUAAAUCCAGUUGGUGAUAGGCCAGUGCUACUGAAAAGAGGUUCAAAUUAUACCAGGAUUGUAGUAGACAGACUCACUGGCCUAGAUAAAAAAACAUAUGAUGUUCUGUUUAUAGGAACAGAUAAUGGAUAUUUGCAUAAGGCUCUCAACUGUGACGGGGAAAUGUUCAUUAUGGAAGAGAUACAGCUGUUUCAAUCCCCAGAGCCUGUACAAUCUCUCAAACUGUCUUCCAGAAAGGGCCUGCUGUAUGUAGGGUCUCCAUCCCAAGUGGUACAACUCCCUGUUUCAGUAUGCAGCCGAUAUAAACACUGCUUGGAUUGUGUUUUGGCAAGGGAUCCUUACUGUGCAUGGUCUGAGUCUUUUGAGAAGUGUGUUCUCGUGGCUAAUCAAACAGGAGCCUUGAAGGAUUUAAUUCAGAGUGUUAAAAAUGGUGAUGCUUCCAGAUGUCCUAAAGUAGGAAAUAAUGUCAGAAACUGUCCCGUUAUCAUUGGCAACAGUGUUCAUCUUAAAUGUGCGCCCAUGUCCAACCUGGCUAGGAUGGUGUGGAAGUUCAAUGGGAGCAGUCUUCAGGCAGAAGAUUCUAAAUACCUGCUUUAUGAUGGAGGAAUAGUCAUAUUUAAUGUGACCGUGGCUGAUGCUGGAUUUUAUGACUGCCAUUCUGUAGAGAGAGCUAAUGGGAAAGAAUUCCCUGUUACUGUGGCUAGCUAUGUUCUGUAUACCCAAAAGGACAGCGUUUUCAUUAUUACUAAGAAUUACACCACAAAUCAACCAAAUGCAGACACAACUCUGAAGGUUAAAUCUUUGGUAUCAUCUUCCUUGCUGACUGACCCAGCAAAACAAAAAUCCCUGGAAGACCAAAAAGAGAAGCUUAUUUUAAAACUCUUCGGAGCUGGAUUUGCACUCCUUUUUUCUUCCUUGCUGGUUUGGAACUUUUGCAAAGGCCAUCUGUCUGUGCCUUGGAAGAGCAGAGAGAGAAGCUCAAAAACAGCAAAUGCAGAUUGUUUGCCAGGUCCAACAUUGGCUACAGAGGGGUCGGGUGCUGUGAGGAAAAGUUCAGCCACGCGAACGAACACCUCCACUGUUAAUGAAUCAGUACCGCUUGUGAGCUCUCCCUCAGAAGAGGAAUGCAGCGCUAAUGUACAACACAACACAAGUCUCACAAAGAGAUCUGGGACUUGCAGCUCACAAAGCUGUUUGGUUGAGGAUGAGACAAUGUUUCCUAUUGAGGAAUGUGGAAUGUAAAGUUUUAGUAGGAAUCACAAGCCCAAAUCUAGUGAGCCAAGCAGUCUAAACAUAAAUUCAUGUCCAGGUGCUGCUUUUCAAAAAGAUAGUUACAUCAGUUUUUGUUAUUUUUUAAUGUGUUGCAAGAAUAAACAUUUGUUAAAAGUUGG